AUGCAAGGAAUUGCUGUAAGCACUACGAUGAGUGGUGAAGGAUCCGAGGUUGAAAUGAAGCAGCUGGACGAAAAUGCCUUACUUGUUCAGCACGAUUGGUUCAAUUGUAUCAGAAAUACUCAGACUGAUUCGGGAUUUUUUGUUGGUAUCAGAGAAUACGGUUCACCGUCAACUUUUAUCGAUGUUCAGCAGAAAUCUGGGAAGCUGUUCACGGCCGCUCCACAAAAGGUUCACGUGGAAAAGCUUGACGCAAGACGUUUAGCGGUUGCGUAUAGCGACAAAGCGAUGGCCAAGUCGACUUUCAUUGCUCCACGAAUUGAAUUUACAACGGUGCACGAAUCGAGUGUUCAAAGCGUAGACGUUUCUGGAACGGGAAGACUUGUGGUGUCUUCAGAUUUGAAUGGUAAGCUGGUGGUGUGGAAUGCAGAUACUGCUGAGAUUGUUAGGGAUUUCGUGGGACAUGCUCUGGACGUGAACCGAUGCAGAUUCUUCCCAUCUGGUCUGGUAGUGCUGUCAGCGGGAAUAGAUAUGACGUUACGGAUUUGGAGUGUAGAAACCGGACAGUGCCCUCGCACAUUGAAGGGGCAUACACAAUGUUAG